AUGGAUCGAAUUUGGAAUGUGGUAAAGUCGCGUCUAGAAAAAGGAGAUUCAUAUGAUGCUUACCAGCUACUUAUUAGCAGACUAUCCCGAUUUAAUCCAAGUGAUUCUGUGGAAUUUGGGUUGGAAAAAGCAAAGUAUUUUGAUGAAUAUGGGUUCAAUGAAAUAGCUUGCCAUGUUUGUACCAGUAUGAUAAAAAAAGCUAGAGAAGAAAAGUUAAAGAUUACAAAUAGUCAAUUUAACUCCAUUAUGUACAUUUUAAGUUCAGGUAGUUUCUGCAAUGAGAAGGGGAAAUUACUUAAUGAUACACUUUUGUGGUGCAAAGAUCACGAAAAUGAUAAUAUUGAUUAUAUUUACAAAUUACAUGUUUGGGCCUCAAAUUAUUAUUUUGUACACAAAAAUUUCUCCAAGGCUCAGCUUUAUGUUAUUUUAACUGAAAACCCUGAAUUAUUUGCCAAUAUUCUUAUUGAGUGGAGCAAGAAAGGUUAUCAAUCUGAAAAAGAUAUAUUUCUCCUUAGAGCUGUUCUUAUAUUACUUUCCUUAAAAAAAACCCAAUUUGCGCAUGACCUUCUUGAUAGAUACUGCCAACUUUUGAAUGAAAACAAUGAUUCUUCUUUCUCCUCCCCGUACUCUUCUAACUCAACUCCUGAUUCAAAUAUCCCAUCUGCUCCAAUACAAAUGGCAUUCUUUGUAAUCUCAGCCUGUGAACUUACAGACAAAAAAACCGCCAUGCACUUUUUUGACAUUAUAAAAAAUAAAUAUGCCUUAUUAAUUAGGCGGGAUCCCAGCUUUACUCGAAUUAUUGAUAAAAUUGACCAGAUAUACUUUAAUAGGCAAAAAAAUGCAUCAUUUAAUAUGUUAUCUAACCUUCUUUCUAUGUUCAGCACUGAUGAACAGUAA